CCAGUCUCGCCGCCGACCGCGGGUCUCCGACCUCCUAUGGCCGAUCACUGACCGCCAACGGCCGCUGUGCUUAUAUAUCGUACACUUUCUUUCUCCGAUCUGUUAUUUCUCUACGCUUUUUAAGCCUAUAAGUGAGGGAGCCCUAGACUCCGAACCCGUCGCCGCUACCCUGUUCACUCGCCGCAACCCAUGGGCUUCCCCGUUAGCGCUGCUUCCACUGCGGUGGACGUAGUCUCCGAGCUUCUCGAGUUAGCCGCCUCUGACUACGUCACUCGCUUCCGUCUUGCCGCCUCGCGUGAACCCGCUGCCCUCCACGUCUCCGGGCCCUGGUACGGCCGGUGCCUGCUCUCUUCCCGCAUGACUAUUCUUCGGCGAACUCCGCUCAUGAUCGCGGCCGCCUUUGGCAGCCUCAACGUCCUCCAGUUUAUUCUCUCACUCUCCGCCGCCGUCGACGUCGACGUCGACCUCCGCUGCGGUCCCGACGCUGUCACCGCUCUCCACUGCGCCGUUGCAGGCGGAGGUCCGGCGGCCUCCCUCACCGUCACCCUCCUCCUGAUUGCCGGAGCCGACCCCAACGCCGUCGACGCUGCCGGCCGCCGCCCCAUCGACCUCAUCCCAACUUCACCCAUCUUCUCCUCUCUACAUUCCUCCCUCGAAACGGUUCUCUGUAACGGAUCUCCACCAGUCACUCCCUCUUCGGAUUCAACAUCUUCUUCCUCUUCCCCUCAAGAAAAGAAAAAGGGUUACACAAUAGAUUCCUCCAUUCCUGACGUCAAGAGCAGCAUUUACUCCUCGGACGAAUUCCGAAUGUUCUCCUUCAAAAUCAAACCUUGUUCCCGAGCCUACUCCCACGACUGGACGGAAUGCCCCUUCGUCCACCCUGGCGAGAACGCGCGGAGACGAGACCCACGACGGUUCAAUUAUAGCUGUACCCCAUGCGUUGAGUUCCGGCGUGGUCAGUGCCCAAAGGGCGACGUUUGCGAGUAUGCACACGGGGUGUUUGAGUGUUGGCUUCACCCAGCUCAGUACCGCACCCGGCUCUGCAAGGACGGCGACUGCUGCAACCGCCGUGUUUGUUUCUUUGCCCAUUCGACUAGUGACCUCCGCACUCUGCCAAACUCUAGAUCACUGGCGUUGCCUCAACUUCUGGUUAGAAGUGCCCGCAGCAGUGAAUUUGCACCGGCGAAUUGUGCUUCUCCCAGGUUUCAAUCUGAUUAUUUUUCCUCAAACUUGUCACCUAUGAGCAGAAUCCAGCAGCAAAGCAUUCUUUCUCCAAGAGCUCUGAAUUCCUUGCACUGUGUUUCUUCCCCUCGUGCGAUUUCUCCGCUCGGGGUUCCGGUCGGAUCUCCAAGUUUCCUCCUUGGUUCACUUCCUUCUGAAAGAGUGAAGCAGCAGCAGAAUUCAAUGCAUGAUUAUGAGAAUGUGAAGCAGGAGCUAGUUGGAAUCGAGCCAGAUCUUUCGUGGGUUCAGUCUCUGGUGGGAAAGAAUGACAUUGGCAAAGGCUGCUGUUUUGAUGAUGGAAAAGCUCUUAGUUCUUCCAUCGAUGAUGAACACGCAAUUUUAGGAGAUUGGCUGGAACAAAUGCAGCUUGUUCAGAAAGUUGCUUUGUGAAAGUUCGCAGUUCUGCAUAUUGGCUUGAGUAUUAUUCUUUCUUUGAUUUCUCUACAAUAAGAUCAAAGAGAUGAAGCUGAGGAUGAUUCAGACAUUCAAAGUUUCCGAGUUUUACUUUUGAAUUUUAGUUCAGAGUGAUCUUUUUAGGUGCAUUUCCCAUUGAUCUGCAAUGGGAUCUCUUAGGUACAUAUUAUUUGUUUCAGAUGUUCAUCUAGUUUAAGUUUCUUUGUUUUUUUUUUUUUUAAAUCUUGGUGGAGUAGUAACAAGCUCAAAAGGUCUCUUGUUAGUGCUCUCCCAUCUUGUUCAUUCAUGUCAUUUUUUACUUUCAACAUUAUUAUCUGUAAACAUUUAUUUUAAUUCCAUUGAUUCUGAGAUUAAUUAUAAA